AAUGCCUUCGGACGAUGAAAUUUCCAGCCGAAGGUCACCAAGCCGAAGAAGUGGGGAGUUGGACUACAUGGAUAGCGCAAAGUAUAUGCCCAAACUUGAUGAAAAUGGAAAAUAUUUUUAUGACAAACUCGUAGCACCAGUUUUAGUUCGUUCUGUUGCUUCCUAUGAUGAGGGAGAACCCAGAAUUGUCAUCGAUAGAAUUAUUCUGCGGAAUUUUAAAUCAUUUCAUGGUGAAAAAGUAGUUGGACCAUUUAAUUCGCAUAUGUCUUGUAUUAUCGGAGCGAAUGGUUCAGGAAAAUCUAACACAAUAGACUCUUUGCUGUUUGUAUUCGGAUUCAGAGCAACAAAAACCAGAGCUAAAAAUUUAGCUAGUUUAAUUCAUCAAAGUGCUCUUUAUCCAGAUGAAACUGAAUGUUCAGUAACAAUCAAUUUCAAAAAAAUCGUCGAUAUCUCAUACGAAGAAUGGGAAACUGUUCCAAAUUCUGAUUUUAACAUAACGAGGAAAGCGUUUUACACUGACGAAAGGAGGACCCAGUGUAAAAGCCAAUAUUUCUAUAACGGGAACCCUGCAAAUUAUACCGAAAUCACAAAGGCAUUAAAAAGUUUUGGAAUAGAUCUGGAACAUAAUAGAUUUCUUAUCUUACAAGGAGAAGUUGAACAAAUUGCACUUAUGAAACACAAAAGUCAAAAAGAAGGGGAGGAGGGAAUGUUAGAAUAUCUAGAAGAUAUUAUUGGUUCGAACCGUUACAUCGAACUGACAGAAACCACGCUCAAGAGGAGAAUGGUUAUGGAACGUAUGAGAGAACAAAUGUCGGUUCAAGUUAAGAGUGCACAUGAAGAAGUUGAACUUUUACAAAAAGAUCGCGAUGAAGCAAUUCAUUACUAUAAUAUAUGCAAUGACUUAGUUCGACUUGAUCAUAAGAGAUGCUGCGUUAAAAUAUAUGCACUGAGCGCAAAUCUCUCUACCGCAAAUGCUGAUCAUCAGAAAAAGAUGGAAGAGGAAGAAGCUUUCAAGAAAAAAUUUCAAGAACUUUCAAACGCACUCAAAGAAAAUGUCAGUGUGUUUGAAGAGAUAAAAACAAAAUUGUCAGAAAAAAAAACCGAGAAGAAAAAGAUUGAACAAGAAUUUCAACAAUUGGAAAAGCAAUAUGAUACUAUGAGAGAACAAAGGAAACAUUACAAACAAGAACAGGCUAAGAUGGAAAAUGAUUUGGAGAAAGACAAGCAGCAAUUAUCAAAGGUUACAGAGUCGCUACCUAGCUUCAGUCCAAAAAUUACUGAGAAAAAGAACAAGAAAGAAAAUAUUGAAGAAAAGAUCCAGUCAAUCCAAUCAAAAAUUGAUAAAGAAAAUUCGAAAAAUAAAAAUGAUUCUGAGAUGAAAAAAUUACAAGAAUCACUUACGAAGAAGGAAGAGAUACUUAUAGAGAAAGAAAGGAAAAUCACGAAAUUUGAGGCAGAUUGGCGUGAGACUGAAAGUAAGAUUCAUGUUAUGCAAAAAGACGAGGGAACUUGUAGAAAAGAGUUUGAGCAAUUAAAAGAAUCCUGCUUAAAGAAUGAAGAACAAAUUGAAUUGUGUGAAAAAAAAGUUGAAGAAUUCAGACCUAAUUACGAGAGUAUGAAGGCUGAAUUUCAAAAAGAUUCAAAGGAACUUCAAAAUAUUCAAAAUGCCAAAGUUAAAUUAGAAGAAAAGAUCUUAAAAUUGAGGGAUACAGUUGAUUCUGCAAGCUCUAAGCAGAGAGCAGCUAAACAAAAAGAUAUCGUCAAGAGGCUUUUUGAAGAGCAAAGAAAUGGUAGAGUAUCUGGCUUCUUGGGAAGAGUAGGAGAUCUGGGAGGAAUUGAUCAGAAAUAUGAUGUCGCGAUAUCAACAGCCUGCGGUGGUAUGCUCGAUAGGUUACUCUUUGAAACGGAAAAGGAUGUCCUUGCAUGCAUUGCUUUUCUAAAGAAGUACAAUCUGGGAAGGUAUAACUUCUUAUCUCUGGAUAGUCAAAAGAGUCGUUGGGGACAACGGUGCAGAGAGCCAUUUAAAGGACCAGACAGCAAUUUUCCAAGAUUAUUCGAUCUAAUUACUCCAAUUGAUGAUAAAUAUAAACCCGUUUUCUAUGCUGCAACUCAUGAUAGAAUUGUUGCAAAAAACUUAGACGAAGGAAAGGUUGUGGCCUUCAAAAGUUCUCGUCGAUAUGAUGUUGCUUGUCUAACAGGCGAGCUUAUUCAUAGCUCCGGUAGUAUUCGCGCUGGUAGAAAUUGUGGAAGAAGAGGAGCUAUGGGAGAGCAGGGUAUAAGUUCCGAUGCGUCUGUUGACGUUGAAAGUAUACGUGAAAGUUUAAAAGAGGCUGAAGAAGAGCGAAGAAACAAUGCUAUUCGAGAGCAACAUUUAGAAGAGUCUAUAAGAAGAAGACAAAAUGAUAUGAAGAAAUUAAGCCAAGAAAUGUCUCGAUUAACUUCCGAGCUUAAUAGACACGAAAAGAUGAAAACGCUGUUGAGUGGUCAACUUACUGAGAAAGAAAAGAGAUUAGAGGAGGCAACCCCUGACGAAGUUGAAUUAAAAAAGCUAAUGAAAGUUCGUGACAAGCAGAAAGCUGAAUACGAGAGCUCGAAAGGUGAAAAUAGUGGAUUGAGAGAGGAAGUUGAACUAAUUAAGAAAGAUAUUGACGAAAAAAUGAAUGGAGCUGCUAGAAAACUUCAAAAAGAUUUGAAUGAAUUAAAGAAAGAAUUAAAAAAUAUGAAAGAUUCUAUCGAUGUCUUAACGAAAGAAAAAAAUAAAAAUGAACGCUUGAGAGACAAAUUAACUAAAACAACGAAAGCGCUUGAAGAAAGAAUUGAAGAGUGUCGUGUAAGAAAUGCUGAAAUAUCUGCAAAAGGAAAAGAUAUAGCUAACGAAUGCUCUGGUUACAACGAAAGAAUAAAUGAAUUAACGGAGGAAAUUGAAGCAAUGGAAGUUGAAUAUAAAAAACAAGAAAGCACAGAAUCAGAGUUAAAGAAAGAUUAUAACGAACGUCGUAUUAAACUAACAGAGAUUGCCGAAAUGUGUAAAAAGGCCCUCGAUAAAGUCAAAAGUAUCAAGAAUUCAAUAAAGCACUACGAAGAAGAGAAAGAGGGACUAACUUUAGGAAAGUUACCUGAUGAUGAAAUAGAACCCGCUUUCGAAGAGAUCUCCGAGGAGGAAUUGGAUAGUUUAAAAGUAGAGGAAGAAUUGGAUGACAUAAAAAAUCAAAAAGAAAGCUUAGAAGUAGAGAAAGACAAAUUAGACGGCCGUAUAAACUUCCAGUCAAUUCAUAAGUAUAAAGAAAAGAAUACUGAAUAUAAAAAGAUGCAAGCUCAACUUGAUAAUGUGGUGGACGUUCUGAACGAGCAGACUGAAGCGUUUGAAGAAUUAAAAACAAAGCGACUCGACGAAUUUUUGAAUGGUAUCAGAUGUAUAAGUAACCACUUGAAACAAAUGUAUAAACUAAUAACAAAUGGCGGUGAUGCUGAUUUGGAAUGUUCGGAGGAUGAUCCUUUUGUAGAUGGUGUUAAAUUCAACGUGCGACCACCAAAUAAAGCGUGGAAAGAAAUUCUAAACUUAUCUGGCGGGGAAAAAACUCUCAGUUCACUCGCUUUAGUAUUUGCUUUACAUAUUUAUCUACCAACACCGCUUUAUUUUAUGGAUGAAGUUGAUGCUGCCCUGGAUUAUAAGAAUGUGUCCAUUAUAGCAAACUACAUUAGGAAGAGAACGAAAAAUGCUCAAUUUAUCGUCAUAACACUCAGACCCGAACAUUUCGAACUAGCUGACAGAUUAGUUGGAAUUUACAAACGUAAGGACAUCUCGAAGUCAGUUUCUAUGAAUCCAAGAGCAAUAGAAAGGGCUGUUGGCGCUCAGCCUCCACCGGCUCUGAGACUUACAGUGAGUUCUUCAGCUAAAUCCUCUCAACCACUUUCUCAGUUUUUGCUUCGAUAG